GGCCGGGUAUCUGCCUCGUCUAACAAUUGCCGUAUGACUAACUGUCUACCUUUUCAGUCUGACAGUUGGCUGAUGUCGAUACCUUUUUCUCAUUUUCGAGAUGAUUAUGUCAUGGUCCGAUAAGCUGAUAAGGAGCUACCCCUCUGCCCCUCACUACAGCAGUAAUCAAACUGGCGGGGGAGCUUUGAGGUUCAGACUGAGCGUGAGAGAGCUUUGACGGUUUCAAACCACCACCUUGUCAACAAAAAGAAGAUCUCUUCUAAAAUCGAACUUGCUACUGUGCAGAACGUAGAGCUGCUUCUGAAUCCUAAGUUACCGACCCUUCAACAACGUCAACAUGUUGAUCAAAGAGAGCCAUGCCGACGUGCAAACAACUGCCAAUGGCAAGACAACAUCGAUGAGAAUAUUUCUAUUUCAUCCUACCAUUCCUGGAUACCCAAAUGCUCGCUUCCCAGGAGUUGUUCUCUUCAGUGAGAUCUAUCAGGUCACCGGCCCUGUUGUUCGCUUCGCCAGACAAAUCGCUGGCCAGGGCUACAUCAUUGCUGCUCCCAGCAGCUACCACGACUUUACUGGCCCUGAGCCUCUUGCCUAUGACGUCCCCGGAACGGAUCAAGGGAACGAGUGGAAGAUCACAAAGACCCUUGAAUCCUACGAUGAAGACGUCACCCAGACUGUCUCCUACCUCUUGUCACUCCCAACAUGCACUGGCCGUCUAGGCGCAACAGGCAUGUGCUUGGGAGGGCAUCUGGCUCUCCGGGCAGCUCUUCAACCCAAGAUCUCUUCCACAGUAUGCUACUUCGCCACCGAUGUCCACGCCCGUACCUUAGGCCCCAACUCCGGCGCCAAUACCUCCUCCACUGCCCCUCCGGACUCCAACCACACACUCGACCUCCUCUCCCGUAUUACCGGUGAGGUCUCCAUGAUCUUUGGCAUCAAAGACACCCACGUUCCCGAUGCCGGUCGUGAUCUCAUUCGCCAAAAGCUUCGCGAGGCCGGGGUAGUCUUUAGCUUCCAUGAGUUCGCCUGGGCGCAGCACGCGUUUAUCCGGGAUGAGCUCAGCAAGGGAAGAUAUGACCCUGCCAUCACCAAGAUCUGCUUCGAGGUGUUAAUGGAGCAGUUUGGGCGGGUGCUGAAAACGGAGCUGGGGGAUGGUGAUGGGAAGAAGCAGGAGGUGGAGCAUGUCUGUUGAAGAAGUGCAUACUCAGCUGUUAGCUAUAGACUGACAGAUUCGUGCCUUGAAUGAUGCUCAUCCCGGACAGGUAGCCAGUUGUCAGAAAUGGCCGGUGUACCAUUCCAACAUCUCUCUCAUGUUCGUGGGGGCCCUCUACGGUCUUCCCAGAGUGCUCUUCUAAUCUUUGAAAGACGG